CGUAGGUUUUCUGCCUACUUAUCACCCAAUAAUUCAACGGAAUGCGUUCACCGGGUGGCUAGCAGUGGACCUGCAUUAUCUGAAGAUGCUUCUGUAAGUGACUUUCUAAGUACAUGUCUUGUUACUUUAGUGGUCAGGCAUAAUCUGAAGUAGUUUGACAACAUUUUGUACAUGUGUUUGCUUGGAUUCUCUGUCCUAGUGUAUCAGUUAACAGUGACAGUAAAUGUAAAUUAUCUAGUGUUUGAUCUGUGAUUGACUUGAGCAUGUCCUACUGAAAUUCAAAACUGUAUUUUUUUGGUGUUUCGUCAAUGACUCCCAGAAAAAUGCAGUGAAUAUAUGAGGAUAAAAAGAAUUAAACAGUGCUUUUAAAUAUAAAAGAAAUUUAAUGAAUAACAAAUUAAAAUUUAUAUGCUCCAUAGACAACCUUUGAGAACAAUCUUUCUAUCAGUUUUUCCUAAACUGUACAUUCAAUUACAGUACUGUUCCUCUAGAUAAAUGGUGAGGUACUUCAUCCAGUGAUCGUUUACUAGGUGUACACAGUUUUAUUGUAUGUUGUGUUUUGUUCCCCCAGUGGCACGGCACUGGUUAUCAUGAUACCUUUCCUUGGAACCAGUUUUUCAGGUUUUUUUGUUUUUUCAACUUAAGCUUUUUAGCAGAAAAGAAAAAAAUUUCCUGAAUGUUUUCACUGUAUUUUCAUGAAUUGCAAGAAUUAUUUCACAGUUGUUCUUAAAAUUUCUAAUGUAGAGUUGGUGAUAAAUAAUAUUAUCUUACCUGCUUAGGGGUUAAAAGUGAUUUCUUGCAAAAUAUUUGUCAUCGUUGAUUUAGUACUAUUUUUUUCUAUAAAAAUGUUUUUUUAACCUCUUGUCCUCCCAUGAUUUGAUAGGGAUUGUGGCAGGUGUUAUAAAGUGCUGCUCUGAGCACAUGCUCAGGAAAUAAAAAAAAAUAUAUACUGUUAGCAUUUUCAAACUGUUUAUGGCCAAAUGAUUUGCCAAAAUAGGUAUUUCAAUUCUAGCUAUGUGCUUUCUUUCUAAUUCAAGCACAGGAUAUGAAUCAUCUUGUGACCAUAUUCCUGCUAUGUCCAUUGGCUUAUUUUGUCGUGCUUUUGUCACACUAAGUUUUGUUUAUAGCCUCGAUAGCCACUAAAACUUUAUUCUUAAACACUACAGACUAAAUGAAGAACUAUAAUUACAUGUUAGGUAAACUUGUAACAACAUUGUUUUGGGGGUAUAUUCAUUUGAUUUUAUCUACAUUUUUAGAUGAUCCCUAUAUUAGUGUACAAUGGAAGUUUUUUUUCCAAGGAGUCUCCAGACAACCAAAGUUGUUUCAAACUUCCCUUUUAUAAAAAUACCAAUCUGUCAAAAUAUUAGUUAAUUGCAAUUGAUACUACAGUGGUUGAUUUUCUAACACCCUAAGCAUUAUAUUAUAACAGUAGUUCCUGUGAUAUGUCACUUUCUGAUUGGAUGAAGCUGUACUUAGGUUGAUGACAUAUAUUUUGUAAUCCCCCAGCAAACUAAGUUAGACAGUGCUUAGGUGACCAACGAGUAGACAAAAAAUAACUUCUAUAAGUAAAGACUUUGUGCAAUAUAUUGCAGUACAGUUAAAAAUAUCACAAUAUAUUGUGAUACAGAAUUUCUGGCAAUACCCACCCAUGUCAUCUGCUAGUGACAUCUAGUGAUCUAUCUUAUUCUAGAACUUCUGUGUAGUUUAUCAUUUCAGAGUCCUCCAUUUAUCAAUAAUCUCCACCUGCACCCACCUACAUGUGCAGUGGGACACCUGUGGAGAUCAAUCUUUUUGUUAACACACAAAACUUGGUCAGCUAUCAUUUGAUGAUAUAGCUUACUAUCUAGCUAGAGCAACUGCUGGCAGUAUCACCUGUCCGAGAAAAACGGUCAUCUUUCAACAUGGGACGUCCAACCUGGGUUGACAGGGAAUAUGCCAGUCGUAUUCGAGUGCCACAUAGUUUUGAGGUGCAUUCUUAUACACGGCCCACAAUUUGCCACCACUGCAAAAAACUCCUAAAGGGACUUUUCCGGCAAGGAAUGCAGUGUAAAGACUGCAAGUUCAAUAUUCACAAGCGUUGCAUAGAGAAGAUUCCAAAUGACUGUCCAGGAGAAGCUCCAAAAGAGUGGUUGGAAGGAGCAGAAAGCUAUGAUGCAGAGAAUGAAGAUGAAUCUGACAAUGAAAGUGAAUGUUUGUCAGAACGAAGAAUUCAAGACCUGCAAGAUGAAGAGUCAAAACCUGUUGUUAAUGUCACAACGAGCAGCAACAUUCCCCUGAUGAGGGUUGUUCAGAGUGUCAAACAGACAAAACGUAAAGGUUCCAAAGUUCUGAAGGAAGGUUGGAUGGUGCAUUUCACUAACAAAGAUAGCAUGAGGAAAAGGCAUUAUUGGUGGCUUGAUAGUAAAGCAAUUACAUUAUUCCAGAAUGACACAACUUCCAAAUACUACAAGGAAAUUCCUUUGUCUGAAGUUUUGGCCCUUGAGACUGUGAAACAAGGCAUGAAUUCUGAUGCUUCUGGUAUCAUACAUUGCUUUGAACUGCGUACAGCUAAUGUAGAUUACUAUGUUGGAGAAGACCCAGAGGUUGCCAAAGGUUGGGAGUCUGCUAUUCGACAAGCACUAAUGCCAGUAUCUUCAGCUUUUACUACUACUACAAAUAAUGGUGUGGCUCAUGAUGGGAGUGAACAAACAGAUGGAGAGGAGCAAAUUAAUGAAGAUGUCAGCCACAUGUAUCAGAUUUUCAUGGAUGAAAUCCUUGGGUCAGGACAGUUUGGUGUGGUGUAUGGAGGUGUCCAUCGGACAAGUGCCCGUUCUGUGGCUGUGAAGGUAAUAAAUAAAACUAGGCUGCCUGCCAAACAGGAAGCUUAUUUGAAGAAUGAAGUGACCAUUCUACAGAACAUACAUCACCCUGGAGUAGUCAAUCUGGAGAAGAUGUUUGAAACACCUGAAACGAUAUUUGUUGUGAUGGAAAAGCUGAAGGGUGACAUGUUAGAAAUGAUCCUGUCCAGUGAAUACAGAAGGUUGUCUGAACGUAUAACAAAGUUUUUGAUUUAUCAAAUUCUGACCGCUCUGAAACACUUACAUUCUAAGAACAUUGUUCACUGUGAUCUGAAGCCAGAAAAUGUUUUGUUGUCUUCAGAUUCGGACUUUCCACAGGUCAAACUUUGUGAUUUUGGAUUUGCUCGUAUCAUUGGUGAAAAGUCAUUCCGAAAAUCCUUAGUUGGGACUCCAGCUUACCUAGCUCCUGAGGUGGUUAGGAACAAAGGUUACAACAGGUCAUUGGACAUGUGGUCAGUAGGUGUGGUCAUCUAUGUAAGUUUGAGCGGAACAUUUCCUUUUAAUGAAGAUGAAGAUAUCAAUGAUCAAAUCCAAAAUGCCACUUUCAUGUAUCCACCCAAUCCUUGGAAAGAAAUCUCAGCUGAAGCUAUUGACUUGAUCCAGAAUCUGCUACAGGUGAAGACGAGGAAGAGAUACACUGUGGACAAAUCUCUCUUUCACACAUGGCUGCAGGAUUACCAGUUGUGGUGUGAUCUGCGGGAGCUGGAAGCUCAUGUUGGGGUGAGAUACUUGACUCACGAAUCAGACGAUGCUCGUUGGGAAGCUUAUAGACUAGAACGAAACCUCCCUCCACCCCCAGCCUUACCAAUUAAAAAUUAUGAUGCUGAUCCAACCUCAGAUUUGUUGCCCACAGAGCUUUUGAAGGUUACAGAAUAAGUUUCAUAAGUCAGUGUAUCAUAUGGAUUUUAUUUGUAUAAUGAUGCUUUAGUGUAAAAGGCUCAGUUAAUAGAAGGUUCUUGAAAUUUUCUAAUAUGUUUAAGCAAAUUUUUACUAGAAAAAAUCUUACAUUUUUUAACUUAUACGAUCCUCUAAAGCUAUUCUUUAGACUUAUGAUAAAUUAAGAUUUACUAUUUAAUUGGUAUGUCAUACACAAUGAUAUGUAAUGGGUUGUUAAGGUUACAGAUUUUUUUAUGUCUUUACAAUGUUAUAGCCUGAGAUACAUUCUCAAGUGUAUGCUUCUGUAGUUUUUAUAAUGUUUUCAUAUUUCUGUAAAAAUAUAAAGUGUAGGGGAAACUACUGGUCAACAUUUCUUAUAAUAUUGUACUUUUUUUUUGGUCUGUAUUUCAAAGGAUAAAUUUCUAUUGUUUCUCAGUAUGGGUUAUCAUUUAAGUUAAUUGGAUGUUUCAGUUUAGUUUUUAUUUUUAUAAAUAUACUUUGUAGAUUUGUUUCCAAGUCUUUCAUUUCCAAUAUUACUGGAUGGCAAUGAUUAUACUGUGUGUUUGGUUUGAGGGAAGUAUUUCAAUAACACAACUUGUAUAUAAUACUUGAGUUUUGUGUGUUUUACUUUGGAUGACAUUGUAUCUCGUAAGUAUUAUUAUACUUGUUUCACUUUCUCCUCCUUCAGCUCUUCGCUUAAAAUACAGUAUGGUUCUAAUGAAGGGUAUCAUCUUGUAUUUUUUCACAUCAAAAUUGAUAGUUUUAAUCAUUAAUUAAGUCCGAUAAAUGCCACAAGAAACUUAUUAGUGUUUUCAGGUCUGUAGCAAUAUAUUCUACAAUACAGAACAAUCUGGAAACUAUCAUUGUUCAGUACACAGUAGACCUGAAAACUGUCAUUUUUCAGUACACAGUAGACCUGAAAACUGUCAAGGUCUACUGUGUACUGAAAAAGAAAACUGUCAUUGUUCAAUACACAGUAGACCUGAAAAAUUAUCAUUCCAUAUUAAUCAGUAAUGUGAAAUUAUAUGCAACAAAUUAUAUUUCUGGAGACUUGUUAGAUGCUUGAAAGUAUUUGAUACAGAUAGGUAAAGUCCAAAGCUUUCUUCUUUUUUAAUUAUAUGCCAUAUUUGUUUGUAUCAUUUGUCAAUAUAUAGAAGUACAGUUUUACAGAGCUUUCACACUGUUAAAAAUGUUCUUGAGUCUGAAUAUUUCCAUAAUAUUCUUGUUGAUUUCAUGUCUGAUUUUUGGUGUUGGACAGUGUCAUCACCGAGGUGAAACUUUGAGGCUAACAGUGUAAACGUUAGAAUUUUUAUAAUUUUAUUUUAUCUAAUAUAUCAGUUGUAUCAAGUUCAUUUGAAGUAUAAUUUUUUGUUUUCCCCUUCAGAACUUUCUUGCAUUCAAAGUAGUUAUAACUUGAUUAUAAUUAUUAGUGCUGUCCUGCAUAUGGGAAAUAAGUGAAGUUAAGGUUUGUUUCAAGCACUUACAUUUUGAGAAAUAAUUCUCACUUUUAAAAGAAAUAUUGAUGAAAAGUGGUAUUGAUUUCGGUACUUUACAUCUAAUUCCAUGUUCGUCAUAAAAUUUGUUCAGGACAAGUCAGACUAUUAAGAAUUUCCUGCACUGUUAAAGUUUGUUUGAAAUCAUUGGUGUUACUGUUGUAGAUAUUCUAUUCUUUAUUAUCGAUUUCAUUCAGGAAUCUGAUAUACAUUUGCAGUAAUCCAAGGGAAGAUCAUGUAUUUGUGGUGUAAAAUAUUUCCCUCUAUCAGCAAUUUUGUUUAGUAGGUGCAAAAAAAAAGUACAAUGCUAAAUCAAAGAAUAUGUAAACAGAGAUUACACAGACUGGAAUUAUGUUGCAUCCAGUAAACUUAAAUGCUCAGCUGAUGAGAGAUAUAAAUAAUGAUAAAUAGUAUAGGGUUUCUCAGAAUGUUUUUCUUGUGCAAGACUUCUACGUUAUUUAAAAUGUUGUAUUUCUAUAGGUUGAUAUGGUUUGAAUUAGAAGACGUUGUUUUUUUAUCCUCUUGAAUUAUAUAUAUAUAUCAUUUGACUUACCUUGCUUUCUUGUUGAGUUUAACGUUACUUGCUGACAAGAAAACGUUAUUUUUUUUAAGGAAUAUGAAAUACUAAUUCACAUUUAUUUUUUACUAUGUUUUCCAAAAUUAUUCCUGUUAGUAAAAUAAUUUUUGCUCUCUUCUUCAGUUUAAUGUUACUGGUCGAUACAUAUGUUGAUUUUAUAAAAAAAAAAAAAAAAAAUUGAAUACAUGAUUAUGAUAAGAUUGGAAAAAUACUUUUGUUGGUUUAAUAUAAUUAGAUAACAUUCCUUUUUUCUGAACAUUCCACAAAGUACAUCUUAAUUUUCGUAGUUGACAUGAUUCUGAGUGAGAUUGGCAUCUUAGAGUUUUAACACUUCUCCUAGGUCUAUGAUUAUGACGAUUAUUAUAUAGCCUGGGCAGUUGUGCCAUUUUGUUCUGACUGCUCUAUUUGUAUUCAAAGAAUGUGUCACCUCACGACCUUUCACUUGGUUAAUUCCUGUAAAGUGGCUCCAUAUCAUCAAGAAUCAGUUUCCAUGACAACAGUCUUUUUGACUGAACUGUACAAUGUGAUAUUAAGUCUUUAUAGGUAACCAUGUUAGUUAGAGUGGUUUUUAUAUUUUCCGUGCAAGUUUUAAAACUUUUUUUUAAGUGUACUGUAGUUUUUAUUUCACUGUAGCAAACAUUGGUUUAGCUAUACGUAGCUUGUUCAUUUAGUAGAAAGUAUUUAUUGGAGUUGACAAGACCAAAUAAACUAUUUCAUUGUUUGUAAGCUUACACAAACAAAACAAAACCACAGGGUUGUGUUUAGUACACAUGUGCAAUAUAUCGUCAUUGACGAAUCAGUCUCUUGUAGGUUUGGUACCACUAACCAGUGAUAGUUAUUACGGAAAGAUAUGUAUUUAUGUUUUUGAAGUAUUUUUAUAGAUUUCAAAGAUAACCUCAAGAAUGACUAAUAAAAUAAGUUAGAAGUAAUUCUAUUACUGUUUUAUUAAUGAUCAAAACAAUGGAAAUGUAAAGUACAAGAGUUGAAACUAUUUGAUUAAGAUUUUUGUUGAAAAAUAAUAACUUCAAAGUAAUAUGACAUAUCUGUGGAAUCUGUAAAAACAAAAAAGUAAUAAAAAGAGAGCAAAUCUGAAGUCCAGUUAACUAGUUUGUUUUCCUUUGAUGAAAUCCCAGGGUUGUUAGUGUAGAUAAUAUUUUCAAUGUUUGCUAGUAUUGAAAAGAAAUACUUCAUCUUAUUAAAGAAUGAGUUACAUACAUAUUGUUUAACACUUGAUUAAAGAAUAUAGUGUUUGAACUAAUGAAAAACUCAAAUCUUAUCAUUUUUGUCCCUGAAAGUAUAAAUGUUCAAUAGAAAGAUCAGCCUUUGAAAAUAAUCAUAAAUUCAUCUAUAAUUAUUCUGGGGAAAGGAGACUUCUCACAUGUUUACUAACUGAGCUUAAGGUUUAACCCACUAGUUACUGCAGAAGUAGCAAUGUGAUGGAACCUUAAUUUUAUCCAAGCCACCUACAGUUAUUUAUGUAUGUAUAUUUUGUAACAGUCACUUCUGAAACAUUUCCAUUUUGUGUAUAUAAAAAAACAAAUGUCAAUCCAAAUAAAUGGUUAAACUCACUGGAAGAGAGAAAUAAUUAUAUGGGCCAGAUUUUAGCCAAACACCCUUCUUUGGGACCUGAUAAAGGUUGUUUGGCUAAAAUGUUGACCAAUCCAAAUAAAUGGUUAAACUCACUGGAAGAGAGAAAUAAUUAUAUGGGCCAGAUUUUAGCCAAACACCCUUCUUUGGGACCUGAUAAAGGUUGUUUGGCUAAAAUGUUGACCGUAGAAUUAUUUUCCCUUCCAGCAAAUUUAACCAUUUCCAUAAAAAGAAAUUCUGAAUUUUCCUGAGGAGCCAGCUAAGAUAAUCUUAAUUUCAAGAAGGUAAUUAUUGCACUGAGUACAUGAUAUGUAAUAGUGCAAAAUCUGGUACUGAUAAACUUUAUCAGAGUAACAAAAAAUGUUUACAUUUUUACAUUGAAAGGGUUGGAAAAGCAACAGGAUCUUUUCUCUUAGAAUUGGUUGUUAAUAACUAAAGCAAGUAAGUUUUGAAAGGAGAAUUCUUUUAUCACUUUUUUACAAGUGGGCUGAUGGUAGGUUAAAAAGUAUAUUUCACUUUUUAUAUCAGCUUUAUACAGAACUUUACAAAGCCUGUUUAUGGAAAUGCAAUGCAUUUGUAAUGGCAUUUCCUUCAUUUUUUUUCUAUUGUUCUGUGUUGGCUGUAGUGAAUUUCAUUGGUUGAUGGUCUUGUAAUAAUGUAUUUAGCACUUAGCAUGUAUGGUUUUAUGUUAAGUAUUGGGAACAGUUAAUCUUCCCUAGGGUUUAUAAAGAGGCAAUACGUUGCUAAGAUACGGUUGUUAGUUAUAAGGGUGGUAGCAAUUUUUUUGUAUGAAUUCUUUGGUCAGAGCAAUAGAUAUACUUAAAGAAAAUACUAUCGAGAUAAAUAAAUUAUUAAAAGAAGUGAGUUUUCUGUAAUGGUUGGUAAUUCAGUGUCUUACCUUUCAUGGUUCACCUUGUAAUUACUGCCUUCUCUGUAAAGUAAAAAUCACUAAGAUUUUGGAAGACGUUAUUCCAGUUGUAAUGCUGUGGUUGAUGUUUAUCCUUGGUUCAUCCUGCUGUUGAUUCACAUUACUUCCAACUGUCACUGUGAGGAUAGAUACUGAUAUCUGUGAACAGUCAUUAUUUAGAUUAAACAUUUUGAGGUAAAAGUUGUAGUUUUUACUCAUGCUAGAAACAUUGAAACGAUUUGUUGAUUUAGGACCUUGAGGUUAGGUUAUGCAGUUAGUAAGUUAGAAGUAUUGAGAGUCCAAGGUUUUUUAUUACUUUGAAAAUCAUUGUACUUUUGCUGAAAAAAUAAACAAGAUAUUUUCCUUGUACAUAUAAACUUUUUUAAAGUAUUUUAAAAUAUUUGUGCAUGUCUUACAGCUUAAAUGUAACAAUACAUGCAUUUUGCGACAUAUUAUAACACAGGUGCUAUAAUAAUAGUUUUGUUGUUUGUAUGCAGUUUUUAGUCACAAGUGAAAAACUGAAUCAUAUUAGAUAAUCGUAGAAUAAUAAUAAAAACAUUAAAAUUAUUUCUGUUGAUUAGUGAAAUAUCCCAAAAUAUUUCAAACUUUUUGUUUGAGGUUGUAAUUCCCACUAGAAAUGUGUUGAUAAACUUUGUGCUGGUAGUUCUUCCAUCAAUAUUUCACUUUGAUAUCAAGCUGAAUUUACAUAUAUCACAGUAUAGGCAGGAAAUAUUGCCUGCCUGUUUUUCUUUUUUGUCACAAAAGUUAAAAAAAAAAGUUAAUCUGGUAAUUAGCUUGGCAUUAAAUUAAUGUUUCAUUUUGUUGCUCUUAUUGAGUUUAAAGAAAAACUUAAAUAUUGGCCUGUUAGAUCUUUAAUUUAUAUACUUACAAUUAAUUUUUAUUUUAUUUUGGUGAUUAUAUUUAAAAAAUAAGUUUCUGACAGUAGAAUUAGAAUGUGAUGUAGCACUGAGUUGUCAUAGUAAUGUGAAAGGUAAUUUAAUUUUUUUAUAUUGCUGUAAGGUACACUUUUUUAAACUAAUGGUUUUCCUGUCAACUGUGCUAUAAUGUAAUCUUUUUUUUUUGUGAGCACAGUUUUCAUUGUAUAAGUCAAGGCUAUAUUCAUAUCAACCUAAAAUGUAGCUGAUACAGAUGAGAAUCUUCCUUUUAACUUUUUCUGAGAAUUACUGUUGGAAAGUUUUUUAAUUAUCUGUAUGUGUGAAUAGCUUUUUUAUUCCCAUAUAUCCCAUGAUUAUAUCCUAAUCCUGAUUAAAUUUUGUAUAUUUUGAGGGAGAUAGAUGUGAGAAAGAGGAAUAAAAUCAGUACUAUUAUCACACUU